AUGUCUGGACGUGGCAAACAAGGCGGCAAAGCUCGCGCCAAGGCCAAGACCCGCUCUUCGCGGGCAGGCCUCCAGUUUCCGGUGGGCCGAGUGCACCGCCUUCUCCGCAAGGGUAACUACGCCGAGCGGGUCGGGGCCGGGGCCCCGGUGUACCUGGCGGCGGUGCUGGAGUACCUGACGGCCGAGAUUCUGGAGCUGGCCGGUAACGCGGCCCGGGACAACAAGAAGACGCGCAUCAUCCCGCGUCACCUGCAGCUGGCCAUCCGCAACGACGAGGAGCUCAACAAGCUGCUGGGCAAAGUCACUAUCGCUCAGGGUGGUGUCCUGCCCAACAUCCAGGCGGUGCUGCUGCCCAAGAAGACUGAGACGAAGUCCGCUCCUGCCCCGAAGAAGGGUUCGAAGAAGGCGGUGACCAAGGCGCAGAAGAAGGACGGCAAGAAGCGCAAGCGCAGCCGCAAGGAGAGCUACUCCGUGUACGUGUACAAGGUGCUGAAGCAGGUCCACCCGGACACCGGCAUCUCGUCUAAGGCCAUGGGCAUCAUGAAUUCCUUCGUCAACGACAUCUUCGAGCGCAUCGCGGGCGAGGCGUCGCGCCUGGCUCAUUACAACAAGCGCUCGACCAUCACAUCCAGGGAGAUCCAGACGGCCGUGCGUCUUCUGCUGCCUGGGGAGCUGGCUAAGCAUGCCGUGUCCGAGGGCACCAAGGCGGUCACCAAGUACACCAGCUCCAAGUGA